AUGACGUCCACAAAGACUGGACCACCAAAGGCCCUGGUCGUCCCCAGGCCUCCAGGCGGCAGUGCUCCACGACCUGAAGCCCGAUCAGCAGGUACGGCUGAAAGAGCUGGUAGAAAUGAAAGCCUAGUGGACAUGGUUCGAUUCUUUCAGUCUCAAAAUAUACCCUCUCAGCCGCCUCCAUCUCAGCCUCCAUCCCAACCUCAACCCCGCUCUCGCGCUCCCUCUCAACCUCCCUCAAGUCCUUCCGAUACAACCACUGCACUUCCGGUUCUUAUCUCGCCUAAAGAAUCGAAACCAGAAUUGAAGCCUGAUCCGAAGCAGGAUCUGAAGCCAUUUCGUCGUCGCCUCUUGCAGUUUGCACAGCGACAAAAGAAGGAAUCGUCGCCCAGGUCAAAGCAAGAAGACCAACAGCGCCAAAUCGAAGCAUUAACAAGGGGAGGAUAUCUUAUUCCAGCGGCUUUCCCAAAGGAGUCAAAGGGACAAAAGGAGGCAAAGCGGCCAGAAGAAAGACUGUCACUUUCUCUCUCUCGAUCUCUUUCCAAAUCAAAGAAAGAUGUAGAAACCAUUGGACAGCCAUGGCUGCAAGCCAAAGUCGAUGACAACAGGCGACCAACUGAGGCAAGACGUCGCUUGGGCUCUCUGGAUCUUGAUGACUUUGGCUCAAUGGUCGACGUCGCAGUCUCACUCACUUCCGAUUUCGACGAUUCUAUGCCGCCGCCGUAUCACCCAAACGAUCACGCCUCCUCCCAAUCCCCAUCAGCUAUCCCGACGUCAAGUUCUACGGACCCCAUUCCUCAUGACAUCACCCGACCAACUUCCUCGUUGGCCUCCACCAGUCAUUCCUAUAGGAACGUGUCAAUUGAUGAGCAAAUCCAACGCCCAUCUAGCUCUGCAGAGUCGAGUAUCCGUGUCGACCCUGUUUCACAAGUAACUAUCAACGCAUCCGUGGCUGUGAAUGGGACAGAGCCACAGCCUAAACCGUCCAUUGGUAGCCAAAAACAAAAUCAGUCAGAAAAAUCCUCUCCUCGCAAUGUGACACCAUUGUCGCCUACCUUGAAACUUUUCCCUGAUGUUGCACCUCCUCGAAAAUCUAGCAGGGGCGCAUUGAGAAAUUCAGCAAUUCCUCGGUACCAAACGAUCGAAAAUACCACAGCAUCUCCGGCAUCCAGCUCACGAACUGGACCUUCUGACAACGUACCCGAAGUUCCAAAUGAGGCCCAAAAAUUAUCAAAUGGUUUCAUAGAUGCUCCAGUGAGCGAGGCAGAACCAAAGUUCUCAGGUACUCUUGCACCUUGUGCGACCUCUUCUGCAGCGGCACUAUCUAUAGAAAAAAUCUCAGAGGAUUCUGCCUCUCAAGAUGAGACCAAAAUUCGACCGCUCUCGUUGUCCCUGGGCACACUGAAGGCAUUUCCUCUCCCGGUGCCUACAAGACCCCUGCCAUCACUGCCCAAAGCUAAAUGCUCGCCGAGUCCUCCGGACACCAACGCUCGCUCUAUUCGAGAGAUUGAUCAGGAGCCAUUGUCUUCCAAUCUGCAUUCUCCUUCGGUAACACUGGUUGAAGACCAGGAGAUUGAAUCCGCUGUUGACGGUCCCCGUGCCCUUGACUCGCGCCCGGCAACCGCUCCUGGCGGUGUCGAUGCUGGAGAGUCAAUGGCGGAUGACGAGGAAAGCUUGUUUACUACUUCACUUUCGGAACACUACCAGCCAACCCCGGAACAUUGCGCUCCCAGAGGACGUGUUUCGAGCGUGCGCAUCCCUCAGAUGCAAGAACUACCCGAACGCCCUUCGAGUGAAUGUGGUGCAAAGGCCUCAGAGGGGCAGCCUUUGGCCGACUCUCCAGUCCUAGGACACUCUACCCCUACAAAGUCUAAUGGCAAACGUGCUGUUCUGAAGGGGCUUCAGAUCAAUUCCCAAGUCAGUCGAAAGAAUCUUCCAUUUGGUCUGCCAUCACCUCCACCCACUGCAUCACUCCCAUCAGCUCCGCCUCCUCAGCACCCACCUCCUCCGCCUCCCGGGCGAAAGGUUGGCCAACGCAACUACACUGCGCCUAAUGUCGCUAUUCUGCCACCAAAGAGGAACAUGGAGGCGCAUCCUGCACCGGGGCCCUACCGAGGUUCGACCUUAUCCCGGAGCGACAGCUCAGGGAGCAGCCUUCGACAUGAGAGUUUCCCCGAAACAUAUCAACAAAGUCGCCCUGAAUCUCGCCCCGAAUCUCCGCUUCCAUCAUCAGACGAUGAGGUCUUUGGUCCAGAGAUAGACACCAAACAAUCGCGCCGGGAGGCCGACAAAUACCAGCGCAUCCAGCCAACACGCCGGGGAUAUGAGACAAUGGAUCCACGGCCAAUGUCCUCCCGCAAUCGACUUCGUUACCCCAAUCCCGCGCGGCCUAUGACACCCCAAAGCCGCAGCAUACACAGUCUUGAGAAGGCUUCGUCUCCUCAAUCACAAUAUUCCCAAUCAACCCACAGAUCGAGGGAGUCUCAAAGCAGCAGUCAACAGACCCGCGCUGCUCCUCAAAUAGAUCACUACCUCGAGGACCGGGUCGCGAAUCUGGAACGCCAGAACCAGAUUCUACAAGCCGCUCUUAUGGCGGCGCUCAACGCCGGAGCCAAGAAUCCUCUCGAGGGUCUCAAUCUCGACCCGAACAUGUCAUCAGGCUCCUCACGCGCUCCCUUUGCGCACCAAUAUCCCGGCCGCCAUACAUCACGUCCUGACAGCUGGGUCAGCUCUUCUCGCAGUAGUGAGCACAGCGGGUUUGAGACUUCUAGCUCAUACCGAGAUAGCCGGCCAAACGUCAAACAGCUGGACAACAUGAUCGAAGACAUCGAGUCUGGUUGGCUGUCGGAUAAGUCUAGUUUGAGUGGAACUCGAAUUGCCCGCAAACGAUAG